AUGGGUACAACGAAUAUUAGUAGGAAAUUAAUCUCAUUAGUUGCCUUGGUACAUGCAUAUUUACUGCCAAGCGUAUCCAGUCACGCCCGCUUGAUGGAGCCACCAUCGCGUUCAAGCAUGUGGAGAUUUGGAUAUGAUACUCCAGUUAACUAUGAUGAUGAUGGCUUAUACUGCGGAGGAAUUAAGGUUCAGUGGAAGAAAAAUAAUGGCAAAUGUGGAGUUUGCGGGGAUCCAUGGCACUUACCGACUCCAAGACCGAACGAAGCUGGAGGGAAAUAUGGUCAAGGAAUCAUUGUCAGAAGUUACAAAACUGGCCAGGUGAUUCAAACUGUUGUGGAUAUAACUGCAAAUCAUCGUGGCUAUUUCAUGUUUCGUGUUUGCCCAAGUAAGCACCCUAAAAAGGAAGUCAUUCAAGAAUGCUUGGACAAGCACGUACUGAAGGUAGUCAACUCUACGAGCACAAAGUACUAUGUUGAAAAUCAUGGCAAAUCCAGAGUGACGCUUUCUUUAAGAUUGCCCAAAAGCCUUACUUGUAAACAUUGCGUAUUUCAAUGGACUUACACAGCAGGAAACAACUGGGGCAAAUGCAACAAUGGAUCUUUUGCUCUCUCUUGUGGCCAACAAGAAACAUUUCGAGCUUGUGCUGACAUUGCCAUUGGUCAGAAAAAUCGAGUCGUUCUUCCAUCAAAUACAACGAACAAGAAGAAUGAAACGCAACCUGACAUAAAUAAGCAAAAAAUACCAGUCGUUAGACCUGAAACAAAAAAGCAAAAAAUACCAAUCUUUAGACCACCUGUGAUAAGGAAUACAGCAUAUGAAGAUGCUAUUGAGCAAAUUAGGAAUAACCCUAAGCUCAGAUGGAUGCUGCAACCGAAAAAAGGAAAAUCAUGA